AUGUGCGUCCAAUUUGGACGUAGUAACGUAGGCGUUGUGCAUUUCAGCUUAGACGGCGAAGACCUGUGUUACGAAGCUGUCAAAAGAGCCAUGGCCGGCUUCGUGUACAGCGAAGCCGUUGUCAGUCAUUACCUUCGCCAGCUGCUCAACGCCGUUAGCUACUGCCAUGAUCGAGACAUUAUUCAUCGCGAUAUUCAACCGAAAUGCGUUUUCCUGGCUACCAAGGACAAUUCGGCGCCUGUCAAGUUGGGAGGAUUUCACUUGGCCGUGCAACUGCAGGGUGGAAAUGCUAAAAUUCACGGAGGCAGAGUGGGUUGCUCAAAAUUCAUGGCGCCGGAAAUCGUUAACCAAGAGGCUUACGGCUCUGCGGCUGAUAUGUGGAACAUAGGAAUAUUUGCGUUCGUUUUGCUUUCCGGCAGUUUGCCGUUCAUCGGCAAACCUGAGGAGAUUUACAAGGCUACUACGGCAGGAAAAUUUACGAUGCGACAGAAAACGUGGCAGUAUAUUUCGGAGUACGCGAAGGAUUUCGUCGUCAAGAUGCUCACGGUCGACUCGCUCAGAAGGAUCAGCGUUGAAGAAGCCCUGCAGCAUCCAUGGAUUCAAGUAAGUGUAAAUUUACGUUAAAG